GCCCCCGGCUCGGCUCCGGCUCCGCUUUGCAAGUUGCUCCCGCUGCCUGUCGGGCCCUGGAGCCGGAGCCGGAGCCGGAGCCGCGGGGGGGGACUCGCCCAGCGCCCCGUGCCCUGCGGGGUGACCCCGGCUCCGGAGCGCCCCUGGCUAGGGGGAGACGCGGCCGCCGUGAUCCGGAGCGCCAGGACCCGCUGGUUCUGCAGCUCUGGACAGAGGCUACGGGUGAGAUGGCAAAGGCUCCGGGAUGUCCCAGGCUCCGCCAGCCCUCGUGUUACCUCCCCACGGCUCUGUUCUUCGCGGCACUCUGCGGCUCUGGUGCUGUCCUCCGGAGGAAAGAUUGCCAGUUCCCGGACCCCUCUGAUCACACUACCUACAGGUGCGCGUCCUUGGUGUGCAAGCUGUCUCUGGGCAGCGGCGGGUUUAAGGCUGGCUCCAUGGUGCAGCAUUUCUGCGAAGCCGGCUAUGUCCUGGCCGGCCACCCUGGGGUCUCUGUCUGCAAGGGUGGCCAGUGGAGUGUGCUGAAGCCGGUCGUCUGCAACCCCCUGACAGGAUCCCCGGUGCCUCGCUCCGGCUCCGUCAUCGCUGUCUCCUCCAUCCCCAUGGUGGCUGCGGCUUCGGUGACGGUGUCAGCCCUGCUGCUGGUGGCCAUGGUGUGCGUCCUGGUGGGGCCGAAACCCUGCAGCCACUGGUGCUGGAGGUGGUACGAGCCCAUGGAGGAGUCCGAGGUGAGAAUCGUCGACAGCUGCCCGGUGCCACUCCCGUCCUACGAGGAGGCUGUCUAUGGCUCCCAGGCGGGCCCUAUGCCACCCACCUCCACCACGCCGACGCCCCUCGUCCUCUCCAGGGGCCUGGCCCCCCCAUCGGAAGCAGCCGAGCCCUGUUGGAGUCCAGAGGCCGCCACCCCACCCCCUUCCUACCAAGAGAGCCAAGCAGCAGCUGCGGGUGGCUCCGGUCCGGUGUGGCCCACGGCACCCCCUGCCUGGUUCCUGUUCCCUGGGGCUGCAAAGGACCCGUGCAGGUAGCCGGGGAGCCGGGGGUCCCCUGGCCGGGCCCUGACACUACAGCAGAGACUCCUCGUUUGAAGCAAACGCAGCCUGCUCCAUCUUUUAACUUGCUGGCGGGGGGGGGAAGAGACCCCCCCCCCCGCGCCCAUUAACUUGGCACCUUGUGAAGCUGAUGGGA